CUGUGUCUGAUUGGCUCCCCGGCUCAAUUCCGCUGGGAGUCGCAUCCUACCUGGCUGGGAGGUGUACUGCCGUGCCACACUCAUCCCCACCGUACUCUCCUGGCUGGUGCUGAGGUGGGAGAAAAAGUCCUAGCUUGGAGAACUGAGCGGAGAAAGCGAUCCUGAUGGGUUCUUGGAAAGCUUUUCUCUUCUCUCCUUUUCUUCUGUGGAGUCAAAGUAGAGUGGUGAGGCUCAUGUUCUUGUUACUGACCCUGCAUCUGGGAAACUGUGUUGAUAAAGUGGAUGACGAAGAUGAUGAGGAUUUAACAGUGAACAAAACCUGGGUCUUGGCACCAAGGAUUCAUGAAGGAGAUAUAACACAAAUUCUCAACUCAUUGCUUCAAGGCUAUGACAAUAAACUUCGCCCAGAUAUAGGAGUGAGGCCCACUGUAAUUGAAACUGAUGUUUAUGUAAACAGCAUUGGACCAGUUGAUCCCAUAAAUAUGGAAUACACAAUAGAUAUAAUUUUUGCCCAAACCUGGUUUGACAGUCGUUUAAAAUUCAACAGUACCAUGAAAGUGCUUAUGCUUAACAGCAAUAUGGUAGGGAAAAUUUGGAUUCCUGACACAUUCUUCAGAAACUCAAGAAAAUCUGAUGCACAUUGGAUAACAACUCCUAAUCGUCUACUUCGAAUUUGGAAUGAUGGACGAGUUCUAUAUACUCUAAGAUUGACAAUUAAUGCAGAAUGUUACCUUCAGCUUCAUAACUUUCCCAUGGAUGAACAUUCCUGUCCACUGGAAUUUUCAAGCUAUGGGUACCCUAAAAAUGAAAUUGAGUAUAAGUGGAAAAAACCUUCUGUAGAAGUGGCUGAUCCUAAAUACUGGAGAUUAUAUCAGUUUGCAUUUGUAGGGUUACGGAACUCAACUGAAAUUUCUCACACAAUCUCUGGGGAUUAUGUUAUCAUGACAAUUUUUUUUGACCUGAGCAGACGAAUGGGAUAUUUCACUAUUCAAACCUACAUUCCAUGUAUCCUGACCGUUGUUCUUUCUUGGGUGUCUUUUUGGAUCAAUAAGGAUGCAGUACCAGCAAGAACAUCACUUGGUAUCACUACAGUUCUGACUAUGACAACUCUGAGCACAAUCGCCAGGAAGUCCUUACCUAAGGUUUCUUACGUGACUGCGAUGGAUCUCUUUGUUUCUGUUUGUUUCAUUUUUGUUUUUGCAGCCUUGAUGGAAUAUGGCACUUUGCAUUAUUUUACCAGCAACAAAAAAGUAAAGACUACUAGAGACAAAAAGCUAAAGAAUAAAAGCUCGAUGUCCCCUGGACUCCAUCCUGGAUCUACUCUGAUUCCAAUGAAUAACAUUUCUCUGCCCCAUGGAGAAGAGGAUUAUGGGUAUCAGUGUUUGGAGGGCAAAGAUUGUGCCAGCUUCUUCUGUUGCUUUGAAGACUGCAGAACAGGGUCAUGGAGGGAAGGAAGGAUACACAUACGCAUUGCUAAAAUUGACUCCUAUUCUCGAAUAUUUUUCCCAACAGCUUUUGCCCUGUUCAAUCUGGUUUAUUGGGUUGGCUAUCUUUACUUAUAAGUUCUAUUUACCAGGCAAAAAUCGUAAGAAGUUUAACUAAAGCCAAUAUAAUCUAUUGCAUUUCAGUAAUAUGAAGUUUAAAUUUAAAAUGCAGAGAAACCAAUGGUUAAAAUGUAAAAGCAUUGUAACUAUUCUACCGACUCAUAGGUAAAUAAAGCAGCAGCUUUCAUUUUAAUUUACUUAAAUAUAUGUAAAAGAGAUUAGUUGCAGAAUUAAGUAUAGUAAAAUACUAUUAUAUAUUUUUACCUUAAUCUUAUUUAUUUUAUUUGUAUCCCAUUAGGAUUUUGAAUUCAUAAGUUCCAUGAUUCAUAUUUUAAAGAUGGAAUAAUUUAAUAACUUUAAUAAUAUUUUAUUUAAAUAUAAUCUAUCAUUGUUUGUAAUGGGAACUUAACCUCCUGCCUAAUGUUAUGUAGUAAUUUUUUGUUUAGAAAAUGUUGUUAUUUUGAUUUUUUUUCUUAGUUUUUAUUUGUAUGGCCUGUUUGGAAUAGAGCUAAUUAAAACCAUAAAGCCAAGAUUUCCUGGCAUUUAUAUCCAGAUAUUUUACUCCCAAGAACAAAUUAAAUUAGAAUAAAAGACCAAUUAU